CUCAGCACAAAAGCAAUGUAAACACAAGUUAAUCGAUUUUAGUGACACAUUAACAUGACUAAACAUAAAUAAAGGGAGAUUAAGUUAAGUUCAUUCAGUAUCUGCUCAGAAGAUUGAAAUUUAUAACCAGUCAUGAUAAUUCUCAGUGUGUGUGUGCUACUGCUGCCACUGGUAUGUUCACAACCACAGGGCUGGUUAAGCUCUCCUGAUCAUCCUUUGGCAUACCCCAGCAACAGCACAAAGAACUGGACCCUAUGUGCCUCUCCAGGCUUUGCAGUAUCUCUAACUCUCAUUCACCUGGACCUGGAGAACAGUGCAGAGUGUGAACAUGAUGCUCUCAAGAUAUUCACUGGCAACAAUCUAAACAAGACUCUGUGUGGCAGCAUGUCCUUUACUGAGAUGGAGUCUUCUAUCAAUCCUCAUCUUCACUCUGCUUCUGGAGGUUGUUUAUACAUUUAUUUCCAUUCAGAUGACUCACACCCACAGGUUCAUACUGGAUUCAAUGCCUUCUACCAAACACAAGAUGUUGAUGAAUGUGCCAGCAAGAGUAAUCCAUGCAGUCAUUUUUGCUACAAUUUUAUUGGAGGAUUCCGUUGUAGCUGCCCACAUGGAUACCUUCUCAACCACAACAAAGUGACCUGUGAAGCAAUUAAAUGUGGGAACCCUAAAACAUUGCUGAAUGGACAUGUGGAAUUUGUUAAAGGUUCUAAUAAUGAAUAUUUGUCAGUCAUUGAGUACCACUGCAAUAAACCUUAUUACACUUCCAAGGGAAAACAUUAUGGGAACUAUACAUGUAGUGCUGCACAAAUAUGGAAGGAAAAUGGCAAUGAUAUACUUCCUUCAUGUCAUUAUGUAUGUGGUCAGCAAAAAUUAAUGUCUCAAUAUAGCAGAAUAAUUGGAGGAAAACCGGCUCCUUCUGGCUCCUUUCCCUGGCAAGUCUACCUUUACAUUAAUCCACAAAGAGGAGGGGCAUUUAUCAUUGGAGAAACAUGGUUAAUGACUGCAGCUCACAAUUUGGUUAGAGACCAUGUAAAAGGCCCUAUAAACAAGGAAAAUGUGCAGGCAUAUGCUGGGCAUAAUAAUUUAAAUGAAAUGGAAAAGUAUAUCACCCUUAAUAUAUCAUCAAUCCAUGUACAUGAAAACUACACUACAGGAUUUGACAACGAUAUUGCCCUAAUUAAGCUCAAGUCACCAAUCACAUUCAGUGAGAAUAUCAGGCCAGUUUGUCUACCACCAAAUACUGCUGAAUGGAAGAAGUACAGAGGGUUCGUAUCUGGUUAUGGAUUAAUCGAUGUCGAAAUGGGUAAAGUUGCCGAUGAACUAAUGUAUGUUGAUAUUCCCACUGUGGACCAACUUACAUGUAGAAAGUCCUUUGAAAAGGAAAGAAGUAAUGACAUUCCCCAUGUUACAGACAACAUGUUUUGUGCUGGAUUGAGUGGGGGUGGAAUGGACUCAUGCUCUGGUGAUAGUGGCUCGGCCUUUGUUGUACGAGAAAACGAUGUAUACUGUGCAUUAGGUAUCGUUAGCUGGGGUUUAAAACUUUGUGGCUCUAAAGGCAUGUAUGGCGUGUAUACCAAAGUGUCACAGUACCUUGACUGGAUAAACAAGACAAUGAGUGAAAACUAGUGAUUGUUUCAAGUAGCAGUUUGUUUUUUCUACCAAUUAUAAGCAAUUAUGAUUUUUGGUAUAAUAAUUUCAAAUGUUAUAGAAUGUUAUUUUAGACAUGAGACAUUAUUUUCCAGUAAAUCUACUAUAAAAAACUGAAAUUAUUUAAAUGUAUAUUAAGAAUAUUUGCAUUAAUCUUCUAACAUCUAGCCAUUUGACUUGAUUAUAUGCCCAGCUCCCAAAUGCUGUUUUAAAGAGUAUGAAUAAACUGUAAGCAAACAAACUGGUGUACACAGUUUAUCACUGUGUUUUUAUUACUGCAAAUUACUGUGAUUUUACAUGUAUUCCAUGUAUUAAUAUAAGUUGAUUAAUGCACAUUUUAUGUUACACUCAUCAAACUCAACAAAUUAUGUUAAAAAAGUGUUACACUGAACAAAUAAAGGAGAAUAUUUAAAAACA